UCCAUUGAUAUUUUUGCUCUUAGAGUAUUGUAGUUACACUCCCUCUGAUAUUGGUAGUGUACCUUGUUUUCGCCACGGCUUGGCAGCUGAACGGUGGCGGAGUGGUGACAGCAUCUCCGUCUCUAGUCAGUAGGACAGGACUGAGAUGUUUCCAUCUCUACGACUCUUUUUAUAAGUAAGCGUCCACAAAUGAAUAUCAUACGAUUAAUCUGAAUCGAAUCUGCGUUCGUACCUUGAGUCUGCGUUCGGAACUUCGUACCUUGGGCCUUGCGUCUCAGCGCCUAUCUCAACACCGAGGUGAUUCAAAAUAAAGUCCGCCACCUGUUCGUCUUUGUGCCGCUGGACUACGGAUAUUAUAUCCGCCGUCCGUACUACGCGCCACACUGUUUUGCGCCGGAAGAGCGGAAACUGACGUUGGCGCCGCUGUUGCGAUUACAUAAGCUAAGAAGUUACGAAUCCACCAAGUGCUUCAAGCUACUCCCAAAUGUCUUCCAUAGGCCCACAAAUUCCUGCACACCUCCUUUCAACCGUUGCGUCAGCCGGGGAUUCCGACGAAGACGACGAUUACACACCAGCUCUGCCACCCGACCUUACUGCCUCCCGCGCAGCUGGGCCUUCGUUGCCCUCAAAGAGCGAAUCGAAUACACCGCCUCCAAAACGACACUAUGUAGGACCAUCAGUACCUCACUCUCACUCACAAACUCCUUACGAUGAUGACUCGGAUUCAGAUGUUGGGCCUCAACCACUUCCUGCAGCUUAUGCUUCACAAAUAGAAGAAAAGUCAGGCGUGGAAGAGUUCUUGGAGAGGGAGGAAAGGAGAAGGAAACUACAGGAAGAGGCGAGCAAGCCGAAAAAGCUUCAGCGGGAAGAGUGGAUGCUUGUGCCUCCUAAAAGUGGCGACUUAUUGGCAUCACUUGACCCGACGAAAGCCAGGCCUCGUCAGUUCGCACGUAGCGCUGCACCAUCGCGUGACAAUUCUGGAUCUUCCCUUUGGACCGAGACACCCGCAGAAAGACAGCAACGUCUUGCUGAUGAAGUUGCUGGACGGAAACGACGUGCUGCAAACGCACCGCCGGAGGAGGACUCGCAUGACACGGCAAAGCGACGGAGACGGGAUGAAGAGAUUCGAAGAGGAGUUGACGAGCAUACACGCAAGGCUCGUGGAUCAGCCCUUGUAGAGUCACAUCUAGAGCGAGAAAAAGAGGAAGAGAAGCACAAUCAGAGUGAACCCUCGGUUAUCUGGGAUCAUGAACGUGAUAUGUCUCUAGGUGGACGGCUUAUGGAUGAUAAACAGAGGCAGAAGAUGCUCCGGGAUGCCAAAGGACUAGGAGAACGUUUCGGUAGUGGGCGCAACGGAAGUUUUCUGUAA